AUUUGAGGCCGCUCGACUUCCAACGAGACCGAAUGAGACUCAAUUCAAAAAUCAAUAAUCUCUGGAUAAUAUUUUAAUCUGGCAUACAAUUUAUAACUCGAUUGAUAUUGCAAUGGACUACAAAUUAUUAGUUGAAAAGGUGGAUUUAAUGAGCGAACAAAUAUCCUUGCUUCAAAAUUACAUUGAAAUUAAAUUUGGGCUUGAUUAUAAAGUGUACUGCAAAAAACGGAGGAGACGGAGAGAAAAAGAGCAAGACAAUAAUACAUCUAACAAUGAUGGAAGAAUAACAAGGCAAAAACAGACACCAGUUCCAGCAGGCGAAUCUUCGUCAGUGCUUACCGUCACUGCAGGUCAAAAGGAUAAUUCGUCAAUUGGAAAUAUAGAAGACGAUGAAGACUUUUCUAUGAAUUUUGAGACUGUCGACAUAAAAGUUGAAAAAUUAGACGACGAAGAUGUCGAACCAUUCUGUGUCGGUGGAGACCAUGACCUGGUGGAUGUGGUUGGUGGGAGGCAAAUUUGUGACGACGACGAUGGGGACAACAGUGAAAUUCAUAAUAAUGACGAUGAGUUCUUGGUUACCCUAUCAGAUGAAUAUCUCUCGUCCUCUGAUUCAUCCAGUAAAGUCAACAGAAGGAAAAAGAAAAGUUUUGCUGGGUCACGAUCCUUGAAUUCUAUACGUAGAGAUUCGUCUUCUGUCGAGGGACAAGCUAAAAGUAAUGGAUCAUCAUCAACUAAGCCAGUACGAUUUGAUCCUAUAGAGAUCGGUGACCCCCUCCGCCACUCUCAGUAUGGGAUUACAUACAAAUUAUCCAAACGGGAUAAAGCCAAAGAAUCUCUUGUUCUUGACAAUUAUGUCUUCACUUUAAAUGCAUUUCGUUCUGGGACGAAGUAUUGGUUAUGCUCAGGGAGGGUGAGAGGUUGCAAAGCAAGGAUUGUACAGCAACCGGAUGGAAAACCUACGCUGACACAUAAUAUUCACCCACAUCCACCUCCACCACCGGAAGAUCCAAAUAAAAAGAGAAGAAAACGGAAAAAAAUAGUCAAGGACCCAGCAGUGGUGCAGCAGCAAUGUUCCAACAUUGUUUAGUAUAUAUACAUUGUGCGACAUUAAUCAUCACACAAUGAACAAUAUACCUAAUAUACAACUUGUUACGUUAUAUUUGUAAAACGGAAUACUGUUUAGUGUUUUGAUGAUUAUUUUGUAAAAUAAAUGCAUCUAUAGAAUGCUUUCUCUGGAAAAUACCUA